GAUAACACGCAAAUAACGUAAUCCUUAUUUGAAACUUUUGGAACCUCUAUUCGUCUCAUUCAAUUAGCGUUAGCGAAAAUGUCGAUGAAUAAGUUUAUGCAUCCCAGAAAUAUUUACCGCCAGCAGCCGGAUUUUCAAGCUAUGGUGCAACAAUUUCCGGAAUUGAAACAGGUCAGCUAUGUGGAUUUAAACGGACGAAUUAAGCUCGACUAUAAAAAUAAAACAGCCCUUCAAUUGCUAACUCAUUGUCUGUUGUUGAGAGACUUCAAACUGGAUGUUGAGCUUCCGCCGGAUAAAUUGAUUCCAACACUUCCGUUACGUUUGAAUUAUGUCCACUGGUUGGAGGAUUUUGAAACUGCUUUCGGCUGGAAAGUGAACAAAGAUGCCGGUGUGCGAGGUUUAGAUAUCGGUUGCGGAGCGUCCUGUAUAUACCCAUUGUUGUGUGUGGUCAACUCCCAGCGACGUUGGAAGAUGGUGGGCUUAGAGCAGGCAGAAGACAGUGUUAAGAUUGCUAGAACUAAUGUAGAACGUAAUGGUUUAAAUGAUGCGAUUGAAAUCAUUCACCAGGAUAUAGCACACAGUAGUAUUUUGAAAGCGUAUUUCAGUAGUAGCGUUUCUGAUCAGUUUGAUUUUUGUAUGUGUAAUCCCCCGUUUUACGCUUUGGAUGAAACUGAAAGCACAAAUCGAACAGGCAGAAGAAAAGAGCCACCAAACAUUAGGACAGGUACAAGAGAUGAGUUGCAGGUUACGGGAGGUGAGGUUGCUUUUAUAACACAAAUGAUUACCGAGAGCCUGGAGCUUAAAGACCGGGUUACAAUAUACAGUACAAUGAUUGGCCAUAAAAAAAGUUUUGUUGAAAUUCUUAAAGUUCUGGAUCAACAUUCUAUAACAAAUACUACUACUACGAAGUUUUGUCAGGGGAACACAACCCGUUGGGGUGUCGCUUGGAGUUUUUCUGAUACAAUUUUGCUAUGUCAUGUUCCCGAUAGUUUUGAGCAAGACUCAAAUAGUAGGAAGUUAACUGGAAAACCGCUGGAGGGUAAAAUUCUCGAACUAGAUUCGGUGACAUCACAAGAUGAAGCAAAAGAAACACUUUUUAGUGUUUUGGCGUCACUUGACAUUAAGAUUCAGCAACUAGAAGGAUCUGACAAUAUGUGGAAACUGGAGGCAUUACAGAAUACGUGGUCCCAUCAGCGUAGGAAAAGGAGAGAGAAUCAACGAAAGUUAAGUCCUGAUACUAAAAACAAUCAUAACGAACAGCUUGAGGGAUACAAACAUUGUAAACGAGUGAAGUUAACCGAAAGUGAUGUCCCGGUAGACUUUUUGGUGAAAGCAGCCUUUAGUUUAAAGAAAAAACCUGGUGAUGGUUAUUAUCUCUCGCUGAUCUUUCUAGGAGGCAGUGCUGGAAGAGAUUCCCUGAAUCAAAUUCUGCAGUAUGUUAAGAAUGCAUUGAAUAAAUCAAAGAACUAGCGCUGAAUAUUACUAAAAUAAUAGUAUGUAGAUAAAUGUUCCUUAUUAGGCAAAAUAAAAAAUAAACCAGACUAUCGAUAAAAUGAA